AUGCAUUAAAAAGGAAUUAAAAAAAGUAGAGCAGAAGAUAUACCGAAAGGUUUGGAAGAUGAAGAAUAUUUCCAUGGUCUAUUACCACGUGAAGAUUGCAGUGAAAUUUUGACAAAAGUUGGUGAUUUUCUCGUACGUGUGUCGCAACCACGUCCAACUGAUCCACGUGAAGUAAUCAUAUCAGUACGAGUAUCUAAGGAACAAUCAGGACAAUCAAUUCGGCAUAUAAUUGUUAAGAAGCAAAAACUUCCAGACGGACAGACUGUGUGGAUUGCAAUUGAAGCAAUUAAAUUCACGUCAUUCUUUGAAUUGCUUGAACAUUACACGAAAAAAGGCGAUCCAAUUAAUCCGGAACUGGAAAAUAGUGUGCUGAUCAAAGCAAUUAAGCGUCAACCGUGGGAAUUUAGCCAUGAUGAUAUCACACUUAAAGAAAUGCUUGGUUCUGGUGCAUUUGGUGAGGUUCGAUCCGGUGAAUUAACCAUUAACAAGAAAAAGACUGCAUGUGCUGUGAAAAUUGCUAAACUUACGGUUACGGAAACACAGAUGGCAUUUCGAAAAGAGAAAAUUAAAGAAAUGAUGCAUGAGGCACGUUUGAUGCGUCAUUAUGAUCAUGAUAAUAUUGUACGCAUUUAUGGUGUUGCGGUAGAUCGUGAACCAUUGAUGAUUGUAAUUGAAUUGAUUAAAGGAGGAUGCCUAUCGGAAGAUCUCAAACAACGCAAAGGAAAUAUUUCAGAUGAUGAAAAAGUGGAGAAAAUGUGCCUCGGUGCGGCAUACGGUUUACAGUAUUUGCAUUCAAAGAAAUGCAUUCAUCGUGACAUUGCCGCCCGGAAUAUUUUAUACACCAAAGAUAAAGUGGCUAAAAUAAGCGAUUUUGGAAUGUCACGUGAAGGAUUAACUUAUAAGAUGAAAACAUCGAAGAAAGUACCAAUCAAGUGGACAGCUCCCGAAACUAUUGCUACAUUUGUUUACAGCUUAAAAACAGAUGUUUAUUCAUUUAGCAUAACAGUAUGCGAAGUAUUUAGUGAUGGUGAAGAACCGUACAAAGGAUUGACAAAUUCAGAAGUCAAGAAAAUGGUAUUACGCGGACAAAGAAUGGAAAUACCAGAAGCACCGGAGGGUAUAUCAACGUUAAUUAAGCAUUGUUGGGAUCAAAAUGAAGCAUCUCGAUGGACAAUGACCGCUGCAGUAAAAAAAUUGGAAAAAAUAGCCAAACAGCUUAGCCAGCAAUCGGAAAAUGUAGCUGGAAUCGCCAGCAAUUCAGGCAAGGAUAUGAGCUCCUCCAAAAAGGCUGCUUCUUCCAGCAAGAAAAAUGAUUCCUUGAAGAAUAUUCCGGAUAGUCCCAUAGCACAAAAAUCGGUCGGCAUUAUUACUAUUAUAAUUUGCCAAUGA